UCAUUUCCACAUCAAGAACAACUCUAUAUAUACACACACAUUUCCACUCUUCAUUUCAAACAAUUCCCAAUGGAGAAGCCACAAAUCGACAAAAAAAAAAAAAAACAUGUCCAACAAAAACAUCGAAAUCGAAUUAGGGCAAAAUGAAGAAGCCCUAGUUGAGGCCGAAGACUACUCAAAGAGAGAAAAAUGGCUCCGCGCGGCCGUCUUGGGCGCCAACGACGGCCUCCUCUCCACCGCCUCGCUGAUGAUGGAGAUCGGAGCAGUCCGUCGCGACGCCAAGACGAUGCUCCUCACCGGCGCCGCUAGCUUGGUGGCCGGAGCCUGCAGCAUGGCCAUGGGAGAGUUCGUCUCCGUCUACUCUCAGCUCGACAUCGAGGUGGCUCAGAUGGAGAGGGAGAAAAGGGGCCGCGAGGAGAGGAGCCUUCCGAGCCCGGUGCAGGCGGCGGCCUUCACGGUGGGGGUGGGGGUUCCUCUGCUCGCGGCCGCGUUCGCCCGGGACUACCGUGUGAGGCUCGGGGCGGUGGUGGCGGCCGUGAGCGUGGCGCUUUUAGGGUUUGGGUGGGCUAGUGCGACCCUCGGGAGGGCGCCGCUGGUGAGGGCAGCGCUGAGGGUGCUGUUUGGGGGGUGGGUGGCGAUGGGGAUCACUUUUGGUCUUACCAAGUUGAUUGGUUACAGUAGUAAGUUUACGUUAUUGAUGACUCGAACUUAUGACCUACUGGUGUUUUUUUUGAGUUAAUAACUUAAUAUAAUGAUUUAUUGUUAUGUGGGAUUUAUGUUUUGCAAGUUUAGACAUUGAUAUAAUGUAAUCUCCCUUUUUCUUUAUUCGAUAAUAGAAGUUUUAUUUUGUCAUUCUA